AUGGUGGUGAUAGAGAGUGUCAACGGGCGCCACACGGCCAUGCAGCACAUGCUGCAGGGCGCGCAUACCCCUUGCCCCCCUGGCCCGCAUUUGCUUUGCUCUCUUUCCCAGCCCUCAUUACCAUCGAAGCAGCAAGGGGUAGAUGAGGAGGGGGGAGACGAGGAGGACGACGAGAUGGUGGUCAUGGAGAGUGUGAACGGGCGGCACACGGCCAUGCAGCACAUGCUGCAGGGCGCGCAUACCCCUUGCCCCCCUGGCCCGCAUUUGCUUUGCUCUCUUUCCCAGCCCUCAUUACCAUCGAAGCAGCAAGGGGUAGAUGAGGUGGGGGGAGACGAGGAGGACGACGAGAUGGUGGUCAUGGAGAGUGUCAAUGGGCGGCACACGGCCAUGCAGCACAUGCUGCAGGGCGCGCAUACCCCUUGCCCCCCUGGCCCGCAUUUGCUUUGCUCUCUUUCCCAGCCCUCAUUACCAUCGAAGCAGCAAGGGGUAGAUGAGGAGGGGGGAGACGAGGAGGACGACGAGAUGGUGGUCAUGGAGAGUGUGAACGGGCGGCACACGGCCAUGCAGCACAUGCUGCAGGGCGCGCAUACCCCUUGCCCCCCUGGCCCGCAUUUGCUUUGCUCUCUUUCCCAGCCCUCAUUACCAUCGAAGCAGCAAGGGGUAGAUGAGGAGGGGGGAGACGAGGAGGACGACGAGAUGGUGGUCAUGGAGAGUGUGAACGGGCGGCACAUGGCCAUGCAGCACAUGCUGCAGGGGCGCCUCUCUGCAGUGCGCCACGUGGUGACGCUGUGGGUGGAUGGAGCGUUGCUGCUCGCCCUCUCUGCCCUCGCUGCUUCAAAAGACCUCGCUGUGGUGGCAGACGUGGUGGAGGUGGUGGCAGACGUGGUGGAGGUGCUGGCCAUGCAGGGAGGCAGGCAAGAGGUAUCGGUGGGGUCCACUCACUGCCCUGCCGGCUUUCAUUCCCUUUCUGUUUCCUGA